CCCCGACUUCCCCGACGAGAGAGGUCUCGCCCUAAUAUCCGACAUCAUAGACUGGCAGAUCAAUCAUGGCUCAUUGCUCAAACACAUUGACCCCGGGACUGAUUUCCCCGAUGACCCCUCCCAAUGCUAUCCUGUCGGUGUCACGGUCUUUCCUACAUUAUUCCCCCGAGAGCAAUUUGAUCGCGCAUGUGAAUUACAAACUAUCUACAAUGAACUGUAUUGCGCCAUGGCUGAAGAUGGACAAUGGAUCUUCCAGGCUAUCCGAGACCUGAUUCCAGUUGAUCCCCUCGCCGCAGCGCUCUGGGGCAUUCAUGAGGAGGUGAAAAAAGUUGGAUAUGCGCAAAAAGUGUCGGUCGGCAUUUUCCGAUCGGAUUACAUGCUGGACGCACCGGCGAUGGAGUUUCCUCUCCGACCAGGAGAGACUUUCGACGGUACUCUAAAGCAAGUCGAGCUUAACACGUUCUCGUGCGCUGGGGCAACCCAUGCGAACAGGGCAGCCGAAAUGCAUCGUUACUUUGCACGCACUAAUGCCUAUGAUACUGGAGAUGACCACUCAAUCAACGUCUCACUCGCUGCUCUACCCCGUAACAACAACAUCGCAUCCCUCUCUGCAUGUCUCGCCGCUGCUCAAAAUGCAUAUGGACCCAGAAAGAGCAGCGUGGCUACCAACACCGCCGUUCUAUUCGUGGUGCAGCCCAACAAUUUCAACAUCGCCGACGAGCGCCCCCUCGAGUACGCAUUAUGGGAUCGCGACCCACCCGUUCCUGCAUAUCGAGUCGACUACCCCAAUGAUUUCUUAAAAUAUACGACGUUAACUGAAUCGCGAGAACUCCUCUUCCAUCCACCAUGGUUAGGGUCGAAGUGCGUCGAGAUUUCGGUCGCGUAUAUGCGCGCCGGGUACGAGGCACACGAGUACGACGCAACUGGCAAAGAAGCUCGUCUGCGAAUAGAGCUUUCUAUGGCGAUUAAAUGUCCGACACUGUUAGCACACAUUUGCACCUUCAAAAAAGUCCAAUGUGCUCUCACAACACCAGGAGCAGUCGAGCGUUUCAUAUCCCCCGAAAAAGCAGCGCUCAUCCGGUCAACGUUUGUCUCCAUGUAUCCGCUCGACGAGUCUGAGGCUGGAGCCCAUGCUCGUCGUCUUGCGACUGAUCCGGACCUCUCGCGGGAUUAUAUCUUGAAGCCAUCCUUGGAAGGUGGAGGACAUAAUAUCUUCGGGGAGGAUAUUCCAGAUUUCCUUGCCUCUAUUCCCGAGUCUAGGUGGGCCGCGUAUAUUCUGAUGGAGCGUAUUCGGUCGCCGUCAGCGUCUAAUGUCUUGCUAUCUUCUGCUGGGUUGGAUUCUGGGGGAGUUAUCUCGGAAUUGGGGAUAUUCGGGACAUGUCUUUGGCGGAAGGGAGGUGAGGGUCAACAUUAUGAGAUGCUACAGAAUACGGUCGGUGGAUGGUCAUUCAAGACUAAACAUGAAGAUGUGAAUGAGAUGAGUGUUGUCAAGGGAUAUGGGUGCUUUGAUACGCCGUUACUGUUUUGAUAUUGCUUUACUUCUGGUCUCGCCGGAUCACUAUGGGAAUGAUAUCUGCUUUGGCUUGAC